AUGACAGAUGAAUUUCAAAUUAAUAGAAAUCAAUCUUGGAUGCACUCAAAGAGAUUUUGGGUUAUAUAUAUUGUUGCAAUUAUAGCUUGCAAAGUUUUAUUUUCAGUUUUAGUUCCAACAUAUGAAUAUGAUUGGUUAACCAUUACACUUUUACAUGCAGUUAUUACAUUUUUUGGAUUCCAUUGGCAAAAAGGUAUCCCAUUUUUCCAAGCAGGUUGGAGUCAAGGAAAAUAUAGCAGACUUACAUUAUGGGAACAAAUUGAUAGAGGACAACAAUAUACACCAACAAGAAAAUUUUUCACUAUUAUUCCAAUUAUCUUAUUCAUGAUUACUUUACAUUCAAAUGGUUACAAAGGAAUUCCAUUUUAUAUUAACGCAAUUGCAUCAUUUGUAAUUGUUUUAUCGAAAAUGCCCAGAAUGGAUCGUGUUAGAUUAUUUGGAAUUAAUAAAUAUUAG